GUAUUUUCAUCGUUGGUGCCCGCCGCACACCUUUUGGGGCAAUGGGAGGAGCUUUUACAAAAGUAUCACCCACUGACCUCCAGGAGGUAGCUGCAAAAGCUGCACUUGCUGAUGCCAAAGUUGAUCCUAAACUUGUGGACUCUGUUGUCAUUGGUAAUGUUAUCUCGGUAUCAGACAAAGACACUGGCUACAUCUCCCGGCACGUUGGUCUGCGUGUGGGUGUGCCACUCGAAGCUCCUGCUCUCACCAUCAACCGACUCUGUGGGUCAGGGUUCCAGGCUGUGGUCACUGGUGCUCAUGAUAUAUUGAUGGGUGACAGCAAAAUUGUGUUGACUGGCGGCUCAGACAACAUGAGCAUGACUCCGAUGGUUCUACGAGACAUUCGUUUCGGCAUCAAACUUGGAGCCAACCUCGGCAUGGAGGACGCCCUGUGGACGCCACUGACCGACUACCACUGCAACACUCCCAUGGGUGUCACGGCCGAGAACCUGGCCAAGCAGUACAACAUCACCAGAGAAGAUGCCGAUCAAUUCGCCCUGAAGAGCCAAACUAAUUGGAAAAACGCCCAUGACAAAGGAUACUUCAAGGCUGAAUUGGCACCGGUGACCGUUAAGACCCGUAAAGGAGACAAGGAGAUCUCCGUUGACGAGCAUCCCAAGCCAGACACCGUGCUGGCUGGCCUCGCUAAACUCCCUUCAGUCUUCAUGAAGAAUGGAACUGUCACCGCCGGCACUGCUUCCGGUAUCUGCGACGGUGCGGGUGCAGUUGUGGUCGCGUCAGAGGAGGCCUGUAAGAGCAACAACCUGCAGCCCCUGGCCCGCCUCGUGGGCUACGCCAUCGCUGGCGUUGAGCCCACCAUCAUGGGCAUCGGGCCCGUGCCCGCCAUCAGGAAGCUCCUUAAAAUCUCUGGACUGCAGCUUGCUGACAUCAACCUAGUUGAAAUCAACGAGGCGUUUGCACCUCAGACGCUUGCCUGUCAGAGGGAGUUGGACAUCGACCCCGCCAUCCUAAACGUCAACGGCGGCGCCAUCGCUCUGGGCCAUCCGCUCGCCGCGUCGGGGGCGCGUAUAACCUCGCACCUAGUGCAUGAGAUGAGACGACGCCAAGUGAAGUACAGCAUCGGGUCGGCAUGCAUCGGAGGUGGUCAAGGCAUCGCCCUACUCCUGGAGUCUGUGUGACUGACUACGUGAUUGAUCCGCGGUCUCGUGCCUUCAGUGCUGCUGCUCCAGUUCUGAGCAGCUGGUGCUAAUAUAUCUAGUAGCCAAUUGUAGGAGUUAUCAUUAAUUUGUUUUACAUUUUGACGUGCCAACUCUAGCAGAGAAUGAUGCAUUGGUAUUUUAUUGAUAAUGUAUUAUAGCGUAGGUAGCGUAAAUAAUACCUCACUUGUUACUCCACUUGGUUUAGUUGCUUUAUUUGAGCGCUAUAUUCCUCCACUGCCUCUCUGUUCCUUGACCCUUCAGGCUCCCUCCCUCGAUUGCGAAACACGAGUCAGUCUUCAGUCUAAUUAACUGAGUAAAGAGUCCAAUAUUUUUAUUACUAUCUGUUCUUCAUUCUCUAUGAACGUUUUAUUGUACUUAUGUGAGUAGUAGCUUCAUCACUAAAUGUGUUGGGAAGUCAUCAUCUGUAUAUUUUUCUACCGGGAAAUCUUUAAUUUAAAUAAUUGUACGACGUAUUGGUAAAAGGGAUUUCUCUCGAAAAAAUCAUGACCGGAAA